UCCUGGAGGGAGGAUUGGCUGUGGAAGGGAUAAAGAAAAUUGCCCACCUGGUUUUAAUAGAUGGUGAUGGAAUACACACUUCUGGUUACAUCUCGCAUUGCAACCUAAGAUGAGUGGGUGUCUUUUCUUCUCUGUUCCAGAGUCUUCUCAAGAGCAAGCAAUUGCCAAAGGCCCAGAGUAAAUAAAAUAUCCAGUAGGGGCUUCAGUUGUACCAUAUGCAAACAUCUGAGAGGCUCAGUACUUGAGCUCUGAUGUUAGUGGGGAAAAUCCGUGCUCCUCUCUGCUGGUUGUCUGUUACGCUGAUUGAGUGUCUCUCAUUUCUGACAGGAGUCACUUUCAGAGAAUACAGAACUCUAUAAGUGCUUCCUCUGUGUUUCAGAGCUCCUCAACUGAAACCAUUCAUGCAGCAGUGAUGUAGCAUUUAUCACUGUACAGAAUAACCACUGCUUCCAAGUACAAGUUUCCACCUAACUGGUCCUUCUGAGCCCCCACCUGGCCAAGAAGCUUCCACUUGUGGUUCUUUAGGAUUCAGGAGCUUGUGGAACAAGUUAAAGGAAUACCAGACACUAAUAGCUUUGACUGAAAGGGUCUGUAUGAUUGUUUUCUUGAAAGAAAGCAUAAAGUAGCUGAAACCUAUUCAAGAAAGACUUUGGCUCAAAAAACACACAAGAUAAGCACUUUUAUGGCUUUGGCUAAUAUCCUAAACUAAAGCUAUUUGAAAGGGUUGCUUGUUUUUUUUUCUGAGUGUCAUGAAGAAUGAAGAGUAAUAUGGUUAAAACGGAUUUCCCUUACAGAAGUGAUAUGAAAGGUGAAUAUUUCAUUCAUUUUAAAUCAAGUCAUCCUGCUGUCAUUAGAAACCCUCAGAGGUUCAGCCUGGUAGAAGGAUUUAAAGGCAGCACUUCAACAAUAAUCGGAUUAGAAGGACUUGCAUAGCUCCAUGGUCUAAAAAAGAGAUAAAAGAAACCAGAGCUCAAACUUGCCACAAAGCAAGGCAGUGAGUUGUGUGGUGCAGAAUCAACCCACAGUUCUGAGCCAGUGAUUUUGACAGUCACCUGAAGCAGGGAUGCCUGCAGACUUCAAUGGCUAUUGGAAAAUGGUCAGCAAUGACAAUUUUGAGGAGUAUCUGAAAGCACUGGAUGUAAAUGUUGCUGUAAGAAAAAUAGCAAACUUGCUAAAGCCUGACAAAGAAAUCCUUCAGAAUGGGGAUCAUAUGAUCAUUAAAACGCUGAGCACUUUUAGAAACUACAUCAUGGAAUUUGAUGUAGGGAAGGAGUUUGAGGAGGAUUUAUCUGGGGUGGAUGAUCGCAAGUGCAUGGUAAGAAGUAGAACUUCAGCACUGGAUAAAAUGAAUAUUGAUAACCUGAGGCUUUUCACAGAACGUCUUUUAACCAUCCAGGUGGCUAUUCCUGAAAUUAUUUCUAUACUUCUCAGUUUGCCAAGAGAGAGCAGAAGGGGCCCGUCUCAGGCUCUGUCAGAAUGGACUCUGGUCUCUUCUGUCUGUGCCUCAGUGAGGAGGAGCAGUUUCCUUUUUCCUGCCUUGUCCCACCCUGCUUGCACCUUGGGCAUGAGUCCCUGCCUACCACUGUGUCUUGGGAUGGAGAUAAGCUGCUUUGUGUACAGAAUGGAGAGAAGGAAGGCCGUGGUUGGACCCAGUGGAUUGAAGGAGAUGAAAUGCACCUGGAAAUAAGAGUGUGUGGAGUCACAUGUAAGCAGGUCUUUAAGAAGGUGCAGUGAGCUACUGCUGCUACAGGAAUGAAGAACAAUAGAAUUUACUGACUUGCCAGCAACUCUCCAAAUGCUAAUACUGAGCAUCCUCAGCUACAAGAGCAAACACAGAAAUGAAGAUCACAUUAGAACCAUAUAGUUGGAAUAAAAUAUUUUUAGGAAAUUGAAAAAAAUGACUGCAAAUUAAACUAUUUUUAGAAAUGCCAAUUAAAGAUACUAAACUCUCUAAA